AUGAGGCCUCCGGUCCCAGACGUCCCUCUGCCUCGUGCCCGCAAGGCCUCCUUCGAACAGCCGGGGUCUGAUCCCCGCAUUACUUCCCCCGCGACUUUCUUUCUUUCACGACGCCCCGAUCACGACCCCUACCCCGAUUCUGACUCCGACGACGGCGAACCCUCGCGAGAUAGUAUGUACGGCGUCCAGAGCCUCGAUGAAGCCGUUCAUCAGGCUACGUUGGCCGCAUCCGAAUGCGACGAUAUCCCCGCAGCGGACAGCGGUAAACUGUCCCCCAACCCGGCUUUUCAUAACAAUAACGAACACGAUGCGACCGAGGCCGCUCAGCGGAGAUCAGCCUUCAGGGCAUUCGAGUUGCUUCACUUCAAAUCCGAUCCUUCUUCCUCCUUCUCCUCUCUCCAGCCUCCACCUUCCGACCCGGCUUCAUCGCGUCCCUUGACACCGCUUAAUCUCAGCAGUCCAGAUGAUCAUCCCUCAUCGCUACCCAGCAGUCCGAAAUCACUGUCGGAUCAUUCCCUCAAACCGCUGGACGAUGUUUCCAUUACAGACGAGCAGGCUAUCGUCUCCGGGGAAGAAGACAGUGACGGCCGCGAGGUGCCGGAAGCUGGUACUGACAGCAUGCCUCAGUUAAUCAUGCCUAGUCUUAGGAUGCCUAGUCGGAGACCUUUUACAGAGCGAGGGAAAGCAAUGGGUCGGUUAAAGGUGCUCCUGGCUGGCGCUUCUGGUUCUGGGAAAACAUCGUUGAUCAAAUCAAUCGUGCAAGAAUGCGAACACAUUGUACAUGUUGACCCCUUCCCUCCUUCCUCUUCUUCGACACGACGACGCCGGUCGUCUCGUGCACAGUCUCAUGGCAUGCGCUCAGCUAUGUCAGAGAUCCAUGCGAGCACCAAGCCGUAUCCCUCAUGGUGGUCGGAUUUGGAGGAUUCACGGAUUCUGCGAAGGAGGAAAAGCAUGGGCGACAUUGUGCUUGAGCGCAACCUCUGCUUUGUCGACACACCCGCGACUUCGUUAAGUCGUACUGAGCAGACUGAGGUCAUCAUUUACUACAUGCGCCAGCAACUUGGCCGUGCUAUUGGAGCUCUGGAUUCCUCGAAUGUUGACUUUCAAAACAUGCUCGCUGGGAACGGCGGUUCCCAGGUUGAUGCAAUCAUCUAUCUCAUCUCACAGAAUACCCUUGAAGAAGACGUAGAAUGUAUCAGGAAGCUCUGUGAUUUCACGAAUGUCAUUCCAGUCAUAGCCAAAUCAGAUCUCAUGUCGUCUGACCAGAUCGCUGCCCUCAAAUCCACCUUUCAAAAACAAACUCGAGCUGCUGAUGCAAAACCUUUUCUUUUCGGAAAUCAGUCUCCAGGUGAGACAGAUACAUCUGAAUCCCAGAUGCCUUUUGCGGUGUCGUCCGCAAAGUCCAAUGACGAGGAUACCAUGGACGCCAGUACCUUGAUGAGCCCGGACUACGUUCAACCCUUGGUAUCAUCUGAGUUAAACCUCCUGGUCCAAAACCUAUUUGAUCGAGACCACUUGGCCUGGAUGCGACAUUCUGCAUCCAAGAAACUCGUUCAAAGACAAUAUGAGCAACAACGACCUAUGCAAUCACCCAGGACGCAUCAAUGUUCGCCUUCGUUGAGCUCCUCCGUGUCACUAUUAACUUCUCCAAAUCACUCUUUAUCCUCCCCCAGUUUUGCCUCACCCGCCCUUAGCGGCUCAUUGGAUUACACACUAGCACGAAUAACAGAUCACACCCAGCGAGAAGAAGGACUAGCCCAAGUGCACUUAGUCAAAUGGGCAGCAGACCUACAACGAAGCCUCCAAAACGAACGCGAAAGAUACGCAGCAAUGGCCCGGGGCGAACGCGCCGCCUGGCUAACAGAACGCCUCAGCGAAUGCGUCGUAGACGGCUCCCUAGUCCCCAUCACCACCAACCAAACACCCACCACCUUCGGCGGACCACUGCGCGUCUCCCCCGAAAAUGCAAGAGGAAAUCGCGUCCAACUCCAAACCAGACAAAACAUCAAAUACCACCACAUCAUGGGGUUAACGCCCCACGACCCGUUGGGUGUCGUGUGGUGGACGGACGAUCUCAGACAGCGAGGGUGGAAGAUGUUCCAGGUCAUUGGGAGUUUCGGGGUGGUUGGAGGGCUGGCCCUCUGGCUUGCUAAUUUCUGGGGCUUUCCGCCUCAGAGUCUGGCUGAUGUGUCUGUGGACUGGUGGUGA